AUGAGUCGCACUACAAGUGAGAGUGAGGAUGGCAUGCUCUCCAAUAAUCAGAUUGAGUCGCCAUUGGGUGAGGAAGACAACUAUGGUGGAAGUGCAAGUGGAGGGGUUGUUCUUAAGAAGGGGCCAUGGACUUCUGCUGAAGAUGCAAUUUUGAUAGAAUAUGUGAAGAAGCAUGGGGAGGGGAAUUGGAAUGCUGUUCAGAAGCACUCGGGGCUUUUCCGUUGUGGCAAAAGCUGCAGAUUGCGAUGGGCCAAUCACCUAAGGCCUAAUUUAAAGAAAGGAUCAUUUACUCAAGAAGAAGAACAGCUAAUCAUCGAACUUCAUGCCAAGAUGGGAAACAAAUGGGCAAGAAUGGCUGCACAUUUGCCUGGUCGUACAGACAAUGAGAUAAAGAAUUACUGGAAUACCAGAAUUAAGAGGCGUCAACGGGCUGGCUUACCCCUUUAUCCACCUGAAGUCUCUUUGCAAGCUUUGCAGGAGAGUCAACGAUGCCUGAACAUUAACGGAAUCGAUAGUGGGAAUAAAGGUCUGCAUGAUACCUUGCAGACCAACAAUUAUGGGAUACCUGAUGUCAUGUUCGACAAUUUAAAGGCCAACCAAAGCAUCUUACCUUACAUCCCCGAACUUCCUGAUAUUACUGCAAGCAGCAUGCUGAUGAAAGGUCUGAGCUCUUCUCAAUAUGGAAGCUUCAUGUCGCCAACAUUGCACCGUCAGAAGCAUCUUCGAGAGGCAAAAACCUUAUUAUCCAGUUUCAGUGGCGGCAUGAAAAAUGAGUUCCACUUGUUUGACCAGUUUCAGCACAAUGAUAAAGCUGCUCAAUACUUUGGGUUACCUUUUCCAUUUGAUCCUGAUGCUACCACCAAGAACCCAGAGUUUUUUGGCGAAAAUCAGGGUAGCCAUACCCUUGCUAAUGGCGAUUUCUCUGCUUCUAAGCCCACUUCCGAGGCUGUGAAGUUGGAGCUCCCUUCACUCCAAUAUUCAGAAACUGAUUUAGGUGGCUGGGGGGCAUCUUGUUCCCCAUCACCUUUAAUUGAUUCUGUUGAUACUUUUAUCCAAUCUCCCCCUACUGGGACAGUUGAUUCAGAUGGUCCAUCACUGCGUAAUAGUGGCCUAUUGGAUGCUUUACUUCAUGAGGCAAAAACUCUAAGCAGUGCAAAGAAUCAAUCAUCUGACAAGAGUUCAAAUUCAUCAACCAUUACUCCUGGUGAUAAUGCAGACAGUGCUGCCCUUAAUAUUUGCGAGACAGAAUGGGAAGACUAUGGUGACCCCAUUUCUCCUUUGGGUCAUACUGCAACCUCCCUUUUCAGCGAGUGCACUCCCAUUAGUGCCAGUGGAAGCUCUUUGGAUGAAUCACCACCUACCGAGACCUUUACUGGAUCUAAACGUAAAUUUGGAUGUUCUGCAGAGUUCAAUGUGAAAUCAGAAUCUAUUGAUCAGACUUGGACUGCAGAUAGAGAAAAAGAGUCCUCUACUCGGUUGGAUAUUAUUCACCCUGAUGCCUUGCUUGAUUCAGAUUGGCUUGAGCAUGACUCUACUUAUGGAAAGGACCAAGUCAUCAUGACUGAUGCCAUAGCAACCCUUCUUGGUGAUGAUUUGGGUAGUGAGUACAAGCAGAUGGCUACUGGAGCAUCUAUAAGUCAUGGAUGGGGACUUGGUUCUUGUACAUGGAACAACAUCCCUGCUGUCUGUCAAAUUUCUGAACUCCCUUGA